AUGUAUAUUUUCUUCCCUUGUUCUUUAUUUCUUGUACAUCUUUUCUUGCAGAUGGAAUGUAUAUGAACAUCACGAAACCUAACUUUGUGCUCCUGUGUUUGAUCGUGUCAGUCAUCGUUAUGAUUCUUGUUGGGGUUAUUGUGCACCUGAUACUCAGGCGGACGAAAUCCGAAAAACCAUCUUCUGAAGCACAUUCAUUGACAACCAUACACUCGACUUCUCACAGUUAUGACACGAUUGACGAUACUAGGUCAGUAACAGAUUACCAAACAAUUCCGAUGAACAUUGAGAGCUCCAUGACGUCACUACAGCUACCAUCUCAAGGAGAACUAUUUGAUGACGUUGAGGAACGUCAGUGGCUCAAAUGUAAUGGUCAUGCAACAGAUGGCAGAUAGAGAUCUACGUCAUCGCUUUAUUUAUUUAUUAGGGAAACUGAUGUACUUCCAUGUUAAUCCUAAAAUAGACAGCAAUAACCGUGAUUAUCACAGGACUGUCAUUCUGGCUUCGUAUUCAAUAAGAUAUGCUGGUAAAGCACUAGGUUGUCUUAUUAGCCAAAAGUAAACACAUGAGUGGCAUGGAUUUUAAUGUAUUUAGAAAGCUGUACGACAACUUAUUUCUACCGAUUAUUACUUAUGGAGCAUCUGUUUUGGGAACAAGGUAUAUUCUUGUGUUGAGGCUGUUCAAAAUAGAGCUUGUCCGUUUUUUCUAGGUGGUGGGGAAGUAUACCCCUACUGAUGCAGUGCUUGGGGAUAGGGUUGGAUGCCUGUGUUUCUGUCACAGAGGAAGGCUGUGUUAGAGCAGUGUUACAGAUUAACCAAAGUGAAUAACGAUAGACUCAAUAAGGUUUUCAAUUGGGCUGAGAAAGUGUUGUUCUGUUCGUUGCAAAAACUUAAUAUUUAAUGUGUAUAAUAGUUUUAAAAUGUGUAAUUAUGACCAUUUUUACAACACUGAUGCUCUUUAUGUCAGUAGUGUAAAUGUGUUAAUGAACAUUCUUGUUGCAAAAUAUUUAUCUGAUUGGUCUACACAGAUAACAUGGCAAACUGAUAAAACUUAGAACACACAAACAUUUUAAAUGUGAAUAUUUUACUGAAUUUUAUGUAAACUCUUUUGCCAGAAAUGCAUAGAAUUGCUAUUUCCAAAUUUAGAUGUGGCGUUGCACCUUUAAGGAUAGAAACUGGUAGAUAUGAAAGUCUACCAUUAGAGGAACGAACAUACACUAUGUGUAAAAGCGUUUUAAUUGAAGGUGAAUUUCGCGUUUUAAUGAAGUGUCCUCUUUAUGAUGAUCUUUCAUGUCUACUGUGUAUUUUAUUAUAAUAUGUAUUUAUUUUAAUAGGUUUCCCGUUUUAGUCUCUCGUAACUCCAUAUGCACAUUGUUCAUCACUCCAUGAAGCUGUUUUUAAAACAAACGUGCUUAAACGAUUUUAAUAAAUUUUUAUCUGUUAUAUACUUUUCAAAAAAAGUAGGGGAACCUGAAAUAUUAAUGUU